UGCAAAGAUCAGGGUAACAAAAACAUAACUGAAUUGUGUAGAACUGAAGCAGGGAGAGUUGACGUCAACGGGAGGAGCUUUGACGUGUCGGGUGCGGAGAGUCUGCGGGACUGGAUCCUCUCGGAAGCUGAUUUCUGCGGCGGUCGAUUGACGGGAGCGCGUGCAAGGCUGGCUUAAGAUUCUUUAGGGAUAUUUUCAAAGUGUUUGCCACUAUAGACUCUGAACUUUGCUGAGGGCCACUGCAAUGGAGAUUCUUGAACCAUUUCACCCGUUUUAAAACACUUUCUCUUGCCCCCAGGGUAAUCUUGCGCGGUGUUUAAAUGCUGCCUCGGAAAGUUCAGUGCCAUAACGAUUCUAUUUGCCGUGCGGCCACAGCCUCAGUGUGGAAAUCUCUACGUGGACAGAUUGGUAAGAUUUCUCGUGCGCACAAUCCGCGUUUUUCAGACGCCCGUGUCUUUGUGAAGCACUGAGGAUGGUAGGUAACGUUGAUAUUUAGCUUGUCCCUGGCAAUUAGCGCUAACAUCCAAUUCAUGAGUCUGCGAGGGAGACGCUGAGGAAGAGCCUCCGAUGACAUUGUGUCAGUACUGCUCGAUUUCAUAAUCCCGCCUUUUGUCUUCUACAUCCCAGCACCCAGAGCACAAGAGGACGGCUGCAGGUCAAAGAGCUUCUGUUACAGAAACUUACUCUAAGCCAAUUUAUGCGCUUGGUGCUAGGAAGGCAAUUUCCUUAUCAAGUCUGUUUUUUCUGCAAAUGCAAUGUUAAGUGUUUUCUCUGGUAGGGGGAGCUUCAUUUUAUUAAUCAAGAAAUUAAGGUACGUGCUUGCACUUCUUGUCCUAUCUGUCCUCCAGCAGGAGUGUACGGUAAGCAUCCAAAUAAAGAUCAGUGUUGGCAGCUGGCUGGCGUUUGCGGGUUUUGCUAACUCCCUGCGCUACCGUGUCCUGAGUGGUGCAGUGGAGUUUCCGAAGGAGGAUGUCCAGGGAGUGACGGACUCCUCCCGGCACUCGGACAAGCGGGCAGCUCCCGGGCGAGCGCUGCUGUGUUGUGUGUCCGUGUGCGCGUGUCUUCGCCGCAACGGUCCCGUUUCUGGGGGGUUCGGCGGGCUCUCCCCUGGGCUGGUUGCGGCUGCCGCAGCCGCGGUGCCGGCAGCAGAGCUGGGCUGUGCUCGCUGUGCUGCCCGUGGCUACCGCAGCGCGCUCCGGAAUCGCUCCGGAGCGAGUCCGCCGCGUGCAGGUGUGGAGAGGAAGGGGCUGCGAGCGGCCGUGGCCGCGCGGGAGGCGCGUGGCGUGUGGCCGUUGGAGCUGCGGUUCCGCAGGCAACGGGCACCCGGUUCCACAGGCGGUGCCGGCCCGGCGGCGGCUCCGGCAGGCGGUGGAGCGGCCAUGGCUGCGGCGGGGCCGGGGGGCCGGGACGCGGCUGCCAGCGUGCGGGGCCAGAAGACAAAGCUGAGCCGGCACGCCCGGGAGCUGCGCGCCGCCGCCGCCUUGCAAGAGCAAGGGAGGAAGAUUUUCACGCAGUCGUGCGAGGAAAAGCUCCGUCGGAACAGGGAGCGGCUCCCCCGCCUGCGCGAGGCCGUGCAGGAAGAUGCCCAGGCUCUGGACGCGGCCCGCAAGCACAAGCCCGUCCUGGACCCCGAGGUCCUCGGGGCGUACAACUUGCCCCCCGAUCUGGCCGGGCUGACGGUGGAGGAGGCCCGGGAGAAGCUCCGGGCCACAAUCUCCAAACAGGCGAACACGCUCAACAUGCUGGACUACCAGCUGAGGCAGCGCUGCCGAGCCCGGGACAAGCUGCAGCGGCAGCUGCAGCAGCGGCAGCGGCUGCUGAAGAAGGAGCUGGAUGAGACUAAGAAGCAAAAGCAGAUGAUUCGCCAGCUGGAGAACGAGCUUGACAAGAUGCGCGCCAAAGUCCGCGCUGCAGAGAAAGUGGGCGCCGUGUACGAGCGGGUGCAUGAUGCCCUGCAGGAGGAGGUGAACCAACUGACUAGAGAGGUGGCGCUCAUGUGCAGGACGUCAGAGCUGUACGAAGUGGAGGUGAAGGCCAUGGAGGCCAUGGCCGAGGAGGCCUGCAAAGCCGCUGCCAUAGCCCAGGAGGAGCUGGCCAAGAGGGAAGCCGAGUUCCUUGCGGAGCGCUCCCCGGACACCCAGAAGGUUCCCAUCGACAGGCCGUGGCUGAGGGAACUGAGCGAAAAGAAUGUGCCAGCGCCAGCAAAGUCCGAGUCCAGCAUGGACCUCUCGACCCAGCAGGACCCACUGGUGGCCACCGAACUGGAGGCCGCCGAGUCCCAGACAGACCACGAGGCCGAGAUAAGCGAGAAGAUGGAGGCGGCCAAGGCUGCAGUACAGUGCUCGCGCCUCUGGAACAUCCCCAGCAAGCUCCUGGCACAGGACUCAUCCUUGGAGGACCUGGAGAACGACAUCAAGGAGAAGGAAGAGGUGAAGGAGAAGCUGGAGAAAAAACUGAGGGAUCUGGAGCUCCAGAAGGCUUUGCUCAUGUUUCACCAGCCCUCCAACAAAACCAGGGUGCUGGAGGAGGAGCUGAGAGCGAAAAUGCAGGCACAACAGGACCGGCGGAACCAGUUGCGAGCUCAGAUGCUGAGGAACGAGGAGCUCCUCUUUGAAUUUGAAAGCAGAACCGACCACCUCCUCUUCCGUCUGCGUGGCAUCACCGUGCCCGGCCAGGAUGAUUCUCUCCUGUCCCAGGGGGUGGAGGGGAAGUUCCAGUACCUGGCCGAGAAGCUCCUGUACCUGCAAGAGCGGGCGGCCCACCUGCCCCCUGAACGCAGGAUCCUUGACGAGAGCAAUGAGACUUUCGUGCAGGCCAGGGAUUUCCUGGAGAAAAAAAAAUGUCCAGCGAUCCUCGGAAUGUGAUGGUAUCGUUUGAGCAAAGAGACAGCAGCGAUGACGAAUCCUCUGAAGACAGAGAUGACGAAGAUGGUGAAGCUGGCGAGCAUGUCCCCACCUGUGAAGACAUCAAGAGGGAGGGGCAGCUGCUGAUCGAAAGUAAGAAAGGAGCCAUGAAGAAGUAGCAGUCGCUCCAUGAGAGCUAUCGAUGCCCCAGACCACCCCUUGUUCUUUGGGUGCCCCCACUACCCCUUGUGUUCUGAAUGGCCCAGACCAUCCAUUUUGCUUUGCAUUCCCCUACCACCCCUUGUACCCUUUCUCCAGCGGGUUUAAUAAAGCAGAUUUUUUUCGUUCUUCCCAAA